AUGGAGCGCCUUUAUCUUGCUAUUGUUAUUACGACAAUUUCUAUUUUCAACUUAGGAAAUUCAGAUCGCGGUGACUAUAUUGGUUGCUACCAACUCUCAGAUUCGGUAAUCAAUAUUCAUACAGGACAAUCAGUCGAUGUUUGUGUGUCUGCAUGCGAAGAAGUGUAUUACAAAUAUGCUCUAAUAGGAAAUGAGUCUACAUGUUUCUGUGGUAACGCACCAGGCUCGUUUAAAAUGGAUCUAGACGCUUGUACAACUCUCUGUCCAAAAAACGUCACUCAAAUGUGCGGUGGCGAAAACGUAGCAAGUGUAUAUGAUACUGAAGUAACUAAACCAGGGCAACCAAUGUCACUCGAAGUGUAUAAUAUAACUGAGUCAACCAUUCGUAUACAGUGGUCUCAACCCCAAGCAUACAGUCGCAUCACAGGCUUUGUUAUCUGGGCAGUUGUACUAUCGACAUAUGCUGAUUCAAUGUUGCAGCCCAUAGAAUGGCGUGUGCCCAAUAAUACAUUGCAAACUCAACUUCCAAAUUUACAGCCUGGUUCAUUAUAUAAUAUCAGUGUUGCAGCUAUGAAUUUUGAAGAAAUGGGUGCAAAUAUAACUGUUAAAGCUGAAACUAUUAUAGGCACUCCUGAUCCCAGCCCACCAGAGAUGGAAAUAAUACAAAGAAAAGGAGACCAAAUGCUUGUGCACAUCCCUGAAGCUCUUAAUGUUAAUGGUCCUGUGUCUAUGUACAGAAUAGUGGUUUCCAUAGAGUUAUUUCAGCAAGGAUUUAUAGCUGAAAAUCUUGGGAAUUACUCAUAUGCUCAAGAGCAAGAAUUACCAUAUUAUAUUACAGCAGAAUUAGAUCCAGACUAUAUUAAAAAUGACUUUGUGAUUGGUGACAGAAGUACCUAUAAUGGGUUCUACAACGCUCCAUUGCCCCUAACUAAUGACAUAGAUGUAUCUUUAGGAAUUGUUAGUGAAAAGAAUCAUAUUAAAAAAGUAAGGUAUGCAGAAUCAACAAAGAAGAUUAUCUUAAAUAUUAAUGAACCUGAAGUUGUAUCACCUUUAGUAGUAGCUCUAGGAGCUGGUAUUGCUAUAGGUGUUGUGCUACUCUUAAUAGGACUUGGUCUUCUUAUUAUUCUUCGGAAAAGGAUACAUAUUACCCGAUUAGAGAGAGGCUCACAAUCAAUGCCUCUAAGUCUAAGUGAACCAUGUUUGGAAAUAGAAAAUGCUGGAUUUCUGCAAGGAGAAGAUGAACAAGUUGAUUAUUAUGGGAAUUUAAAAAGAAAGCUUUGGAAUAUACCACGAAAUCUUAUUGAAAUUGAUAAUUCUAUUGUAAUAGGCGUGGGAAGCUAUGGAAAAUUUAUGAAGGGAAAAGUACAGCAACAUGGGGGGCAAACAUCUGGCCUCAUACAAGUGAUUUCUGACCGAGAAUUGGAGAGACCUGAUAAGAAAAAAAUGCUUCAGGAAUUAGAUCUUUUACUUAAGUCUAACGAACAUGUCAAUGUUAUUUCCUUGAUAGGGAUUUGCGAAACAAGCACUUCAUUAUUAGUAGUUCUGCAAGACACUAAGAUACCUUUAAAGGACAUGUUGCUUCUAAGUCGUCAAGAUCUACAGAGUGUUAAAUUUUGUCUCAUUGCUGAGACUAGAAUUUUACAGAUUUGUGCAGAUGUUGCAAAAGGUAUGGAAUACCUGCAUAAUAAGAAUAUAGUACACAAAAAAUUGUGCUGUAGAAACAUUUUGAUUAGUGACAAUGGAGGAGUGAAAGUUUCAGGAUUUGGACUAUCUUAUAUGCGCCCAUUGGACAGUGCCCCUGAUUAUACACGCUGGACGUCGCACGAAAUGUUACGGCAGUCCCGCUUUAAUCCUAAAGCGGAUGUGUGGUCUUUUGGCUGUCUAAUGUGGGAAGCAUUCACUAUAGGUGGCACUCCAUAUUCUCACAUAAAUAAUAAUGAUGUUUCUUCUAGAAUAUUGCGGGGUGUGAGGCCCUCUCAACCCUCAUACGUUGGUGAUGAACUAUUCCAAAUGUGUCUGCAGUGUUGGCAAGUUGAUCCUGAUGAACGGCCAACAUUCUCUUCAUUGUAUAAUGAGUUAAUACCAUUUGUAGAUGGUCUCGGCACUAGAUGUUUAAGUUUUAAAUAUUUCAAUGGCUUCAAUUAUGAGCCUCAGAUACCUGAAUAUGAGGUUAUUUCAUAG